UUGUAUUGUUGUUUUUUUUCCCUUUUCGUCUAUUUAUUUAUAAAAGCAAAAUAAAGAAGAGAAAAAAAACAAGGAAAAUUAACGUAGAGUCGACCAAAUAGGAAGAAACGCGUCAAAAUCAAUAAAUCAAAAACGCUCAAAAACCAUUUAGCAUUUAACGUUUUCAAUUAUAAUUAAGUUUCAAAUAAAAUAAAAGGAAGAAAAAAUGGAAAUGGAAAUGAAAAUGGAACCAUCCAGCCCGACAGACAACAAGAGACAACAGUUUUCUAGGUGUAGCAGUACAAACAGUGUUAUCACAUCAAAUUCAUCGGCACAUAACUCGGAUGAUGACGAUGACAGUGGUGGUGAAUGUACGAAAAACACAUCGUUAAGCUAUAAGGAACGACGUCGUGAAGCACACACUCAGGCCGAACAAAAGCGUCGCGAUGCCAUUAAACGUGGCUAUGAUUCGCUACAGGAUUUGGUACCCACCUGUCAACAAAACGAAACAUCUGGCUACAAACUGAGCAAAGCAACGGUGUUACAACGUUCGAUAGAUUAUAUCGGAUUUCUACAUCAACAGAAAAAGAAACAAGAGGACGAACGAUCUGCAUUGCAAAAAGAAGUGACCGCAUUACGCAUAAUCCAAAAUAGUUACGAGAAUAUGUUACAAAACCAACAACAAUCGCCCGGUCAACAGGAGACGAGGGUCAGCGACGAAAUCAAAUUCAAAGUGUUCCAGGCAAUUAUCGAUGAAAUGUACCAGACAUUCGAAAUUCUUCCGAUGAGCGAUUUUGCCGAAUUAGCGACCGGUGUUUUGCCAUGGCUAGAAGAGCAUUGUAAACCUCAUAUGCUGCGUCAAAUUGUAAAUCAAACGCUGUUUGAGCUACAGCAGCAACAACAACAAAAUGCACACAACCAAAGUUCCAGCCACGUUGGAAGUGGAAGCCAGAGCACAAAUUGGAAUGGUUCCAUUUAAGACCGAAAUUGCCUUCAUUCAUGGAUUUUCAUUUUAAAUAUUCAACGCUUACAUAUUUGUUGACAUUUAAAUCUGUGUUUCGACUUAUUAAUGAUAAAUACAAAUUGUAAAUACAUAUAGAUGCCAUUCACGUUGACUUCAUAAAAUGACUCACAGUUACGCA